AUGUAUAAGAAGGGCUUUUCUCCUAAGCACUCGGUCUCUGUCUCAACAAUCUCUGUUUCCAAGUUUUCCUGCUUCAACUACGAUAACGUCUCUAAGGGGAAAGGAGACAAAAACGACGUCAUGGAGAGUGUAGCAUGGCACAGACCGCUGUCGGCGACGUCACGACAGGAGGAGGAGUUAAUGCAGAAAUCUGCGCGCGCGCUGGCCGCCGCCACCGAUCCGUUGGAGAAACUCCGCCUGCUCUGCUUGUCCCGCGGCGCGUCAGGCAUACUGGGGCUUGGAAGGAUCUUCCGACGAAUGGAUGACGAUGGCAGUAAGCAAUUGAACCAAGAAGAGUUUAUCAAUGGUAUCAAGGAAACUGGACUAGAACUUAACCAUGCGGAUGCAGUGGAGCUGUUUAACAGGUUCGAUACAGACAAGAGUGGUUCCAUCAGCCUUGAUGAGUUCUUAAUACAGAUUCGUCCUCCCAUGUCAGAGUCUCGCAGGGCAAUCGUGGAGCAGGCGUUCAAGAAGCUGGACAAGACAGGAGACGGAGUCAUCACCGUCGAUGAUAUCCGAGGUGUCUACUCCGUUACUGCACAUCCCAGAUACAUGAGCGGUGAAGAGACAGCGGAUUUAAUCCUGAACAAGUUCCUGGCGAACUUUGAGUCUGAGGGAUCAGUGGACGGCAAAGUUACUUUGGAGGAGUUCAUGAACUAUUACAGUGGUAUCAGCGUUUCUAUUGACAAUGAUUGUUACUUCGACCUGAUGAUGCGCCAGGCUUACAAGCUGUAAGGGAACAAACAGACGCCUCAACAAAAGUACGGACACCACAAUCCUGUACUAUAAACCUAUUUUGCCUUGCCACACUGUUAAGAUUUUCGUUUAGAUGGUACUUUAUGGUCGUCAAAUGUGUUCUGUUAGUAGAUACUUUAGAAUUGGGUACUUUUCUUAAACAAAAAUAAAUUAUUUCGAUUGUGCAAUGCAAUAAAAUUUAAAAAAAUAAUCAUUCUUUCAUCAAUUGAUUUAAUGACCAACUUAAUUUUAGUAUGUUUCCAGCAUUUUUUUUAAGUAAUAAGAAUGUUGUUUCAUGCUAAAAAAUCGUGACGCCACA